UUAUUCCAAGUUGAGUACGACUUGAACAGCAUUCGAGAUAGAUAUUUAGCGGAAUAGUCGGCCGAUGAUCAGCAUUUUCCAGUAGACAACAAAAUCAAGAUAAGAAAUACAUGGCCUGUUUUUUGUGCUUGGCUCUAGUGAUUAGAGUAAACAUACAAGUUAAGCUAUCAUAAUGGGAACUAUCAUGACAGUGACAAAUUUCUUGCUCGAGCAAUAAAAUAGGACGAUGAACUCAAUUUUUUCCAGAAAGAACAAACUUUCCAAGGUGGAAAAGUCAUAAAGUGCGGUGCAUGUUUGAUUGAUAAACUAAGUUUUUUUACAUCAAAUAAGUGCUUAUUUGAAGGAAAGUUUAUUUAAAAUUAUGUAUACGUCAUUGGUUAUGUGAGAACUUUGCUUGGUAGUUUGCUGAUGGAGUAUUUAUGUAUAAAAAUGGAAGAAACUGACAAGGGCUUCAGUAGUGGGUAAGAGCAAAAUCCAAGCGAUUGGAAGAAUAUGCGUGAAAUUAGCUUGUAUAUUGGUUUGCUAUUUCUGGUGUUGCAUUUACCGGUGGCGGUUCACUGCGUUGAUCAUUAUAGCAGAACGGAUUUUCCGGCUGACUUUGUUUUUGGUUCUGGAACUUCUGCUUAUCAAUAUGAAGGCGCAGCAUCUGAGGAUGGGAGAAGUCCUAGCAUUUGGGACACCUUUGCACAUUCUGGCCAUACAAAUGGAGCCAAUGGAGACAUAGCGUGUGAUGGAUAUCAUAAAUACAAGGAUGAUAUCCAACUGAUGGUUGAGACAAAUUUGGAGGCCUUCAGAAUCUCCAUAUCAUGGUCAAGACUUAUUCCUAAUGGAAGAGGACCUAUCAAUCAAAAGGGGUUACAUUACUACAACAAUCUUAUCGAUGAACUCAUAAGCUGUGGAAUUCAACCACAUGUUACAUUAAAUCAUAUUGAUCUACCACAAGCACUCGAAGAUGAGUAUGGAGGAUGGCUUAGUAGGAAGAUUUUGAAGGACUUCACGGCAUAUGCAGAUGUGUGCUUCAGGGAAUUUGGUGACAGGGUUUUAUACUGGACUACCGUUAACGAGGCCAAUAUAUUUGCCGUGGGUGGUUAUGAUCAAGGUAUCAUUGCCCCAGGGCGCUGUUCAGACAGAACAAGGUGCUCUUGGGGUAAUUCCUCUAAUGAAACAUACAUUGCGGGGCAUAAUAUCUUGCUGGCACAUGCAGCUGUUGUGAGGCUAUAUAGGGCCAAAUACCAGGCCAUCCAAAAAGGUUACGUGGGAUUUAACAUCUAUACUAUGUGGUUUGAACCCUACACCAAUGCAACAGAAGAUUUAAUUGCAACUCAAAGAGCUAAUGAUUUUUUUAUUGGGUGGUUAAUUGAUCCCUUGAUUUUUGGAGACUAUCCUGAAACAGUAAAGAAAAAUGCCCAAACAAGAAUUCCAACCUUCACCAAACUUGAAUCUGAGCAAAUUAAGGGUUCAGUUGACUUCAUAGGAGUGAACCACUACACAACAGCUUUCGUCAAGGAUAAUCCCAGCAUCCUUGAAGCAGACAACGGUGGAUUUUCUGCUGACCUUGCUGCACAGAUAAUAGAGCAACAGGGUGACACGCCACAAGAUCAGUAUCCCGUGCUGCCUUCGGGUCUCUAUGGAGUGCUGGAGUAUCUAAAACAAGUUUAUGGAAAUCAGCCUGUUUAUAUCCAUGAAAAUGGUCAGAUGACGCGUCGCAAUGGAACGCUAAAUGACACGCCACGGGUUGAAUAUUUUCAAGCUUACAUUGGGAGCUUGCUUGAUGCUCUGAGAAAUGGAUCGAACGUAAAAGGGUACUUUGCGUGGACCUUCUUAGACGGUCUUGAGUUACUAGAUGGCUAUGGGACUUCCUUCGGCUUUUACUACGUAGAUUUGGAUGACAAAGACCUGAGAAGAUAUCAAAAGCUUUCAGCGCGCUGGUACGCAAGUUUUUUGAAGGGGAAAACCAGGUCAAAUUCGAUUACUGAAGUUGGAAAAGGCACAUCUGUUCCUUUGAGAUACCAAUUCAUUCAGUAGAUUUUAGUUCAUAUUUCAUCUUGAAGUAGAAGUAAAACAUAGUUAUGUUUUAAUAUAUCUUAUGUGCUACUUAAUACUUAUUUUAAAGGUGAAUAUAUUAUCAAACUUCAUAUU